CCACAAGCAUUUGGCAAAGUUAUUAGAAUCAUCGCACGCUUGGCUUGGUGCUUCCACUUCUUCUAUCGCCGCAGACAGUUACCAAUACCAGUUGCAGUCGAUGUGGCAAAAGUGUUGGAAUACGAAUCAAAGUCUUGUACACAACUUGCGCUUCCGUGAACGAGGACCAUUAAAAUCAUGGAGACCCGAAACUAUGGCAGAGGCAAUAUUUUCAGUACUUAAGGAAGGACUGUCUCUAUCACAGGCUGCGAGAAAAUACGAUAUCCCCUACCCGACGUUCGUCCUCUAUGCAAACCGUGUUCACAAUAUGUUAGGACCUUCUGCAGAUGGUGGAUCAGAUUUAAGACCAAAAGGAAGAGGACGACCACAGAGAAUUUUAUUAGGAGUUUGGCCAGAUGAACAUAUACGAGGUGUAAUCAGAGCAGUUGUUUUUAGAGAUUCACAUCAAAUUAAGGAAGAACCCCAUAUGACUACAUAUCCUAGACUACAUGACGGCGUAACUAUUUCCAAUUAUCAAAACCAGAAUUCCUGCAGCAAUGGCUCUGACCCGAACGUAUCCCCUGGAGCAGCAGCGGCUGCUGCCGUAGCAGCUGUAGCCCAAGGUCUUAGACAGCAAAUGUGCAGCAUGGUUGCUGCGGCACACAACCAAAGUACAGCACACGACACCAAUCCUGUAGCUAGUUUGGUAAACUCUUUAGCACUAGCAGGACAUUGCGGCAAUAUGUCAAUGCCUCCCAGUAAUGGAGCUCCUCCAAUGAGUUUGAGUCACUUAGCAUCAAUGAGAAAUAUGGGCAGCCCAGCAGGUAGUAUUCAAGAUUUAAGGAUAAGUCCAGCAGAAUCAGCCAUGGAAAGUCCGAUUUCCUCGCCGUUGGGCUUGACGGUAUCGAGCUCGAUGGAACCUUCGAUUAAUAUGAAUAUAGGAAACAGUAUGGACGUUGGAAUAGGUGUAUCGGGAAUGACCUAUAAGCCCGCCAGAGCAUUCACAUCACCUCGUCCAGAGAAUCUCUUCCAAGAAGAUAUUGACGAUUUGGUCAAGCCAAUGCAUACUUCCACACCGCACCCUAAAGACACAAUGGCGACGAUCAAAAUGGAACCCUUAGCAGAAUGUCGUGGCGAAUGAACAUACGCGAUACUACAACUGUAAUGUGAUAAAUUUAUUAUUAGUUCUGAAGGGACUUUAAGAACCCGACACUUUAUUUAUAUUGUUGAGAAAAAUGGAAAUUUUAGUGUGUAGUAUAUUUUGGACAAUUUUAUAUAAUUUAUCUAGAAGCCAAAGUUUCGGCCAGUUUCUAUAAAAAAGACUGUUGUGUAUAUGUAUACUAUUGUUCUAAAUUCAAAAUUAGCAUAAAUUUAUUUUAAUAAUUAUGGUGUCUUCUUAUUUUUGUUGUUUUUAAUCCCAGAAUAAUCUAAAUAAUACAAAAAUUACCAGUAUACGAUUGUAUAAAAGUUCCUGUGGAUAUAAGUGUAAAUUGGUAUAUAACCGUUAUAACUUUGGUAUAUAACCGUUUCUUGUAGUAACAGUAAGGUCCCAAUAUGAAGGAGACUAUGGAAAAGUGAUUGGCAGAAAGAAAUAGAAAUAUUGAUUAUUUAUGAUUUUUUAUUGAAUUUAUUAUUUCCUUCUAUAUUUUAGUUUCUAUUUCUUCUAUAUCUUUAGAGCAGUGCCCGAUCAUUUUCUUUUUAUCUUCCUCUUUACUUCUCAAUUUCUUUUUGAAUUUCACUCUAUCUCUCCUGAACUUCUAGAACUACUUACUUCAAAGCUAUGAGAUGCCCUCGAAAUUUUUUGUUUGGGUCGAUUCAGUAUUAAACAAUCUCAACUAUACAUAAUGGCUCGUAUCAAUAAAAAUGAUGAUGUAGUUUAUACUCCAAAUGUUGGAGUAUAUAUAUACUCCAUAUACUCUUAUGUACUGUGAGUAGAAACUCAUCACAUCACAAUAUUUUUAUUCCUAUGAAAUAGAGUAUAAACUUAUACUUUAUGCUCGUACAUACUCAUGAGAAUAUACUCGUGAGUUUAUACUCCGUUUUUAUUCAUACCACUGAUUGUAUUGAUAUUAUGUAAUGUGGUUAUAUUUUUCAGUUUUACUCUGUCACUUAAUAGAGAAUCUGCCAGUUGUAACCAUUUCUUAACCAAGACCCUGUUGCAUAAAAUUUCUUCUAUUAUUUUUUAUCUUUGGUUUUCUUUCUAUUAUCUUUCUGUUAUACCUUCAAAUUUUUAUCCUUUCAUCUUCUGGGUUAUGGUUUAUAUUUUGUUUGUUUAAUGAACACACCUCUUUCCUUGCACCUCAACUACCUUUUGCUAUAUCUAUUUCACCCCUUUUCACCUAUUGUACCUCUUUGUCGUUACUUUUUCUACUUUAUUGUCUUUCCAUUGGAUCUUUAAUAUAAACCAGAUAUUUUUUUCUGCUAUAUUUCAUAUAGAUCUGCUUGACCUGUUGUACUGCAAAAAUAAACUCUAUUAUAUUUUCGGCUAAAUUGGAAUAGUUCCCGGGAGUUGUAGGCUAUUGAUUAUGUACUUUAGAAAAGAACUACAACGUUACCGGAGUUUCAUUGUUUCAUAUGGUCAAUGGACCUCUAAAUAUGAAAAAACCGCGAAGUGCUACCAUUUAAAGGGGUGCGUUUUCGAGAAAGGGGUGAAUUAGUCCCUAGGCACAGGGUGCAUUAGGGUGAGUUCUUCUAUACACUUUUGGUACAAACACGUCUACAGAAAAAUUGCUCCUGAAUAAAUUUACUAUCGAAAUAUCACCUUUUAAAGUCAAAAAUAUUUUUUUUACAAAAGUAUAUUAAAAAAAAGCAAAAAAACUUUUUCCACGGGGAUAUACGUAUAGGCAUUGCUUCACAGCAAUUAAAUUUCUCAUAACGUUUUUUCUUGUACAUUUAGGUACCUACAUAGUAUGUUACCGGCCAAACCUAGGCCUAGGCCAAACUAUAAGUACACCAUUGUAAAGUAAAAAAUAAGGUUUUUUUUUAUUGCACAAUGUGUAAUAACUAAAUGUACAAGAAAAAAGUUGUAAUGAAAAAAUAAUCGUAAAAAGUAUCAAAUAUCAUUAAAAGUAUAAAAUUUUUAAAAAACAUCACUAGAUGUUGUUAUAGUCGUACAACCUUCACAUUAAAGGUAAUUGACUUCUCUUCCUACUAAAUGUACUAUUGCAUAGACCUAGAAAUGCGUAGAAAAAUGUUUGCGAAAUAAUGGGAAAAAUGUUCCAAAAAUGCUGUAAGCGGCAAACUUUGAAAAAUCUUAUUUCGGAAACUAUAACUCCUAGAGACUUCUACCAAGCGACAUUGUAAAGGGGAAGGAUGGAAUUUUUUUUUGUUCUGUGAAGCAAUAACUAUUCCUAUAUACCCGUGGAAAAAAGUGGUGGGGCAAAAAACAAAAGUGGUUUCUGUCGCGUUUUUUUGGUUUUUUUAAUAUAUUUCGUAAAUAAAAAUAUUUUUCACCUUAAAAGAUGAUAUUUCGAUAGCAAAUUUAACUUGGAACAAUUUUUCUCAAGACGUGUUUGUACCAAAAGUUCAUUGAACUCACCCUAAUUCACCCUGUGCCUAGGGACUAAUUCACCCCUUUCUCAAAAACGCACCCUUUUAAAUGAUGGUACUCCACGGUUUUUUCAUAUUUAGAGGUCCACUGGCCAUAUGAAACAAUAAAAUCUCUUAGUUUAGCUCUCUUAUUUUGAACAUACAUAAUCAAUAGCCUGUUGGCUGUACCUAUACCAUUUAGUUAAAAAACUUUAGCACCGAAGUAAAAAACUUCUAUUGCUAUUGGUAUAAGUAUUUAAUUAAAUAAAAAAUUUAAAUUACAAUUUGAAAUGGAUUACAAUAACUGUUCAGAUCAAUCGUUUUCGGACAAUCUUCGGUGAACUUUGAAGUAAUUUCGCUAAUAACCGCAAAACCAAACAGUGGUUAAAUCGUUGACUGCAUACUUAAAAGUAUUAAAUUAAACAAUACGAAGUCGAUUAAAAUGGAUAAAACUAUUAGAGAACUCCAUGUGUCCCUACUCUAAAUAGCAAUUGCAUCUGUAUUAGACUGCAAUAGCCUGCCAAACUAUAUACCAAUUUACUAAAUUUAAGCAAUUCAAUAAGAUUAAGGUAUACACAGUAAACAAUAAUUUUUAAAUCAUUAUCGAAAUCAUUUGUGGUAAAGACAACAUUAUAUAGAAGACACUCGUCUGAUUUACACUCGGGAAAAUAAUUUUAUCAACAUUCCCCCAUUCGCUAGACGACAAUCUGUUUUUGGGAUUUGCGCACGAUAUAUUGUUCAUAUCUUAUUAAGAAAAGAAAAGAUCUGUAUCAUUAUGUGCUUCGAGAUGUCCAUGAAAACGACAUUGGUGUAUUUCAAAUUAUAAUAACGAGAGCAUUGUUGGCAAUAAUAAUCAUACUAAACUUGAUUUGAAUCAAUCUGUGUUAAUUGCAAAUUUCAUUAAUUCGCGUAUUUUUCGCAUCAAAAACGUGAUUUAGGUUAAAAUUAUGAAAUAAAGGAAUAUGUUCCUCCAUUUCUUGUUAUUGGUUUAGACUUAUUCUAUAAUUCAUUAUAUACUUUACAGCUCUAGCUACAGGUUUCAUUUUUGUUAGGCUCGACUUUCUUCAUUCAUGUUUUCUUGCUUUAUCUAAAAUUAAUAAUUGUUUUCUUUCUAUUUAGUACUUUCCUUAUCAUAAACCGCCAAUAGGGUCGUGUACCUAUUACCAAAACAAUUUUGUGAAUUAAACAAACGCUGUAUUGUGUACCCAACCCAAAUGUUUUUGUUGAUGUUCAAUAAUCCAUUCAACGAACUCUCUUCGCUGUGCGUGAUCAUUACGCUUCAUUUCUUGUGUCAGUUGAACUUUGUAAGCAUGGAGAUGCAGAUCUUCAGUGAGCAUAUGCUAAACAGAGCUUCUUGAAAUUUGAAAUUCUUGUCCAUGAGACCAAAUUGAUGUUCCUGAACUUUUACCGACACUGUCACGCAUUGAUUUGAUAUUGACCUUUGAACGGCUGGUUUUGGAUGAUCAAUGUAUUAGCAUCACCAAUUUAUCCAGUCUCCCUGAAUUUUUUAUUGAGUCUACAUACAGUUGAGUCCGCGAGUCUUUACCCAUGCGUCAUCAUUUAAAGCAUACGAAAUAAGUCAGAAAUCUAUUUCACGCUACAAGUGACAGAAAGUGGCUACUGUUCCGAUUGCGGGUUUUAUUAUAAAAUUUGACGUUAUCAAAUAUAUAGAAUGUCAAAUGUAAGUUUUGCUUCAAAAUUUUUGUGCAGAAUUACAGCUACAUUUGAAGUAGCUUAAUGAUUUUUUUUUAUUAUUGAGUAAUAAAUAAAUAAACAAUUUAUAAAAAAAAUCAAUAACAUAUUUUAUUUUUGUUAUUUUAUUCACUUUGACGGAAACCUAAACACAAUCAUUUCUUUGCUGUGUGAAUGACGUUAGCUUUGUAUGUUUUAAAUAUUAAUUGCCAAAAUAUAAUUACUUUCAAAGCCCAAUAUAAAAUUAGUUGUGAAAACAACUGUUUGUGUAAUAUAAAGAAACUUCAAAACGCAAAAAUUCGACUAAAACCGCAAAAAAUUCAACUGACUGACAGCCACAAAACUAAACGAAGCAGAAACGUCAAACAAAUUGUGCUUAAAAUAUGAAAACAUACCGAAUCGUCUUUUUUUUACCUAUCUCUUUUCAAUGCACUGAUUCUAGAUGGUUCAUUAAAAUAAUAUGUGUUGUUACUUAAUAACAAACGGCAGCUGGUUUGUCAUGAGUUUCAUGCGUGGAAGAGAAUGAUGCUAGAUAAAAAGUAUGUGUUUUAUCUCGCCAGGUAUUAAUGACGCACGGGUAAAGACUCGCGGACUCGACUGUAUAUUUUGUACGAAAUUUUCGAACUCUGGUAGUCAAACUCUCAUUACUUUUAAAUUAUUGUUCAACAAUAGGGCUUUUCAUUCACAGUCAUUUGUUUCGAGCUUCUGUCAUGUGUCACAUAAUAUUAAUAUAUCUACGUCGUACGUUAUUGGUAUUACCAAUGAUACAAACCGAAGACGUAUGACGUAGAUAUAUUAAUAUUAUGUGACACAUGACAGAAGCUCGAAACAAAUGACAAUUGAUGAAAAGCCCUAUAAAAACAUCUUGUUCUGACGUGUAACGGUCCAAUUUUACUAACACUAAACUGUCAACUGUCAAAACUUUUUUUGUUGCUCUCACUUUACUGCACAAUUGGCACACAAAUUCAGAUCUUGCGUGCAUUUUGGGACAUUACAUGCUAAGUAAAACAUCUUAACUGCCGCUAAAAUACUGAUCAACAUAAACAUAUGUUUGUAUUACAUUCACCAAAAAUUGUUUGUCGCUAUUACCAUUUUGGUAAUUACCAUUAAUACCAAAAAAAUCAAUAGAAAAAUGCAAUCGGGCUCUACUGCAAUUAAAACGCUAUACUAGCGUAUUUUUCUGAUUUAUCUGAACCCCUUGUUCAUUGUUUUUGUAUUAUCCCAUGGUAAUAGCAAUAAUUUCAGUAAAAAAUGACUUCGAUAUUAGUAAAUGAAAAACAAUCUUACUACUUUUUUAAAACAAAAAGAAAGAAUUCGAGAUAUAACAAAGUAUAAAACACAGAAUAAUUACUCACAUCUUUCGCUGGGGUCAUCAUCUCCGACUCAAUCUGUAAGGUAUCAUUUGAUUCAUAGGCGUAACCAGGGGGGUUUUGGGGGUUAUAACCCCCCCCCCCAUUGGGAUGUACUUUGAGCUCUAUACGCUUAACACCAUAUCCCUCAGAGACCUUCUAGUAGUUGUAACCCCCCACCUUAGGAUUAUCCUGGUUACGCCUAUGAUUGUAUGAUUUGAUUGGAUUACAUGUAAGUAGUGCAAAACUAUUACUGCUAAUCCUUGUUUCAUUCAUAUCAACUUAGUUUUAAUCUACAUUGGUUUUUGUAUAUAUUGUUUUGCUUUCAAUUUGUUCCUUCUUGAGUUUGUAUCUACAUAUUAUUAAGUUUCAUUUAUUAAAUCUUUUUAUCUGUAUCCACUUUCUUCUCGUUUGAAGUUUAAAACAAGAUUAUUAAAAGUAUCUUCUUGGUUUGAUCGGCUAUAUUAGCGUCUUAAUGAAAAUUAAUUAUUAUCCAGAAAAUUAUUUUUUUCAAAUCGAUUGUGAAAAUAUGGCCAAAUUUAUUUUAGCUCAAUAAAAACAAUACUCAUUUUUAAAAUAAUAAAUUCAAUUUUAAUAUAUUUGUUGUUAUAUUCCUAAUAAUGAAUAUAAUUAGAAGGUGAUAUCAUUUUGAUAUCAGUUAUUAUGUGAACUAAAUCUACUAAAAUUAAUAAUAGGUACUUAAGAAUAAUAGUUUCCAUGGAAGUCACUUGUACAAGAUUCCUGAAAUAAAAAAGUUUUCGGGAAAGCUUUAUCAAAUUAACUUUGUUGUUCCCUUGUACAACUUGUUUCCCUACACCAAAGUGUACCCCCAGAAACUUCGCCUCAGUUGCACAUUGUGAUAGAGCAGUGUGUCCAAUAUCAGUGUUAUUUCUGAAAUUAACACCUUGUGAUUUCUAGUUGUUCAAAGAGAGACGGUUAGUUAAAAACCAAUUGAAUAAGUUUUCUUCAGGUGUUUGGCAAUCAAGAGUGUCAAAUUCAGAAGGGUGAUAGCUUACAUAUAAAGUAGUGUCAUCAGCAAAUAAAUCGGUGUUAACUGCGGUAUCUUAAGAGUAUACCACGUCACUAAUGUAAAUACUGAGCCUUGAGUGAUACCAACCUCAGGAAUCACAAUGGUUGAAGUGAACAUACUCAGUGAUCACGAUUUGACAAAUAAGAAUCAAUAGGGCUCUUCAUCGAUUCAUCGAAUCAAUAGGGCUUCUGUCAUAUGUUGUAUAAUCUGUGUAUAAUAUAAAUAUACACGGAUUAUACGACAUAUGACAGAAGCUCGAAACAAAUGACUGUGAAUGAAAAGCCCUAUUAGAAAUCAAUAUAUCUCGAGUAAAAUUUCAGUCUAUGAUUAAGGCCACAGUUUACAACUUCUAAACUGGUUUCCACUGCAUUAACAGUAGUAUUUAAGAAUAUAUUGGAAAAUUCAAUGAUCAGUUAAAACAGAAACUCUACAAGGAGAAGAGUAAUAAUUGUCACAGAUGAGCUGAUCUGUUUUUACAGUUUUUUUGGAACCGGACAUAAAAGUUUUAUAGGAAAACCUUUAAAAGGCUUUAAAAGACAGGAAAUGGGGACUAGAGAUCAACAUAGGAAAAACCAAAUAUAUGAAUAUCGGUGGAACGCAGCAGCUCAUGAUACUAUAAGGAGGAGAAACAAUCAGUAAAUGUAACGAAUAUAAAUACCUGGGUAUGAAAAUCACGAAUGAUGAAACACUGGACGAAGCCAUUAAAGAACGAAACUCAGGGUAGGAAAGCAAUUGCGCUCCUAAACUCAGUACUCUGGGAUAAGCAGAUAAACAACCAAAACAAGAAAAAUAUCUAUAACGCCGUAGUGAAAAGCAUUAUAACAUAGAGCUGCGAAGUAUGGCCUCUGAAGGAAAAAUCAAAAUGAAUGUUAGAGGUCACCGAAAUGGAUUUCUGGAGAAGAGCUGCAGGAAGAUCAAGAAGAGAACAUGUCGCCAAUGAACGAAUACGAGAAAUAAUGAAGGUCACACAUAGAAUAAAUGACGAAAUCAACGAAAUACAACUGCGAUGGUUUGGUCACGUACAAAUAAUGCAUGAAGACAGAAUCCCAAAACAAGUACAAAACUGAAAACCGCAAGGUAGAAGAAGAAGAGGUAGAAAGGGUAGCAGGAAAGGUUGGCAGGCAGAAAUAAACAUAGCCAUGGAUGAAAGAGGUCUGCAACCUAGAUCAAUGUGCGGACAGAGAGGAAUGGCGAAUGGGUAUCGGAAGACGGAGAACGUUGUAAACCGAUAAUAUACAUAAAAGCUUUCAUAAUUUCCCCCAACUUAGUGUUACUAAUCCUUGAUCCAUUUUCUAUAUAAUUGCAGUUUUAGAGCGGAGAGAUGAACUGGUGAAAAAUAAAAAACUAAAAAAAUUUUCUCUUAAAUUUUAUUUUUUUUAUGUCGUUCCAAAAUAUUUGUAUGAUAUUUAUUGUUUACAAAUGCCAAUGCAGAGUACUGGUUAUACUCACCUGUUGUUUCAUGGCUAUAUAAAUAAACAUGUACAAAAGUAAGUUAUUAAUAAUUAAUAGUAUAUAUAAAGAAUUAUAUAUUAUGUGUAUUAACGACAUAAACGCAUAUGCGAACAAAAGGAACUGUAGAGUUAGUUUUUGUUAAGGCUAUAUUCAAUCAGUAAACAUUAUUGUCAGUACAUCUAAAAAAAGGAAGGCUACAUGAACCAUUUAGUCCAGGAGCCAGGGCUGUUUCAUGGCCCAUCAAAGUCCACCAAGUUUCAAAUUUUAUUUUUUUAUGUAUUUUGACCCGCUGAAUUAGAAUUUCAAACUUGCAUUUGCGUCGGAAGUAACUAGAUUUUUUAUAAACAAUUUAACUGUGUAAACUCAUAAACUAAUAAAUAUAAAUUAAUUUUUAUAACAUGCAAUUUAUUUGUUUUAGUAAACGUAUACAUAGCGCGCCGAUCAGCGCCGUGCGCUUGCGCGCAACACGUACGUACCUAUUAUUGGACGUAUUAAAUACGUACAGAUUAGUACGUAUUUUCAACUUUUGUCGGUUUUUCAACGAACACUUUAAUGGUUUGGAAUACGUAUUUGGACGGGUUCCCGAAAUGUUUGUUGGUUUUGGCGAGUCUGAGUUGAAUACCCACUUGUUAGUAACGGGAGUGGUCGAAAGGAAAUAUUAUCAAACUUAUUGAUGCUUACCCUAGAAAAUCCUUAUUGUGGGAUCUUCAACAUAAGGACCAUUUAAAGAAACAACUUAAAGCUGUCUGAAGGAAAAUAGAAGUUGUAAUAAAUAUAAAUGCGGACUAAUGUAAAAAAAAGGUGAUUUUAAUUUUGUCUUCAACAUUGUUGAGAAAUUAUUGUGAGAAAUACAAAAUGAGAUUUACUAUUUUAUUUGGGAAUAAGCCACAAUUUGAGUUUGAAAUCAAGUUUCGAUUUCUACUUCGGAAAUAAUUUAAUUUUAUCUGACUUAAUCACAUUGACCGUUCAGACAAAUAUUUUACAUUUUAAAGUAGAUGACUUUUAUUAAAAUUAUAUUGCUAAUAUUUAUGAGCUGCUGAGCUGCGUUCCUGGGGUGACUUUAUUGGAAGAUAGUUCAUUCGAUUACUUGAAAUCAACUUUAACUUGAGAACAUCCGACAGUCAGAUGAAAAUAAAUCAGAAGAAGAAAAUCAGAGAAUAUCAGAAAAAUCAUGGCAUGUGAUUUGUCUCUAAAAAGACACCACAUGCAAUGAUUAUAGUUAAAUUCUGAUGUUCGUGAUCCCGUAGUAAAUAACGAGGAAAAAACAAAAAAAAAA